AUCCAUUUCAACUAUGAUUUCAAACUUCCUACCAAGAUUUCGAUACAUGGAUCAACUACAAAGAUGUAAAUCAUACUAAUAUGAAAGUCAUAUAAAUCACUAGAAAUACAUCAAAAUCUGAGCUAAUCUCAUUUAAUACUUAAUACAAAAGCUUAUAUAAGAUAAAACCUAUUACCUACUAACUUCCUGGCUUCUACAAUUACAUAAAAUAAGAAAUUGUAAUCAUUUUUCUUAUAUAGAUUUAAGGAGACAUUGAAUCAUUAAAUAAGGCAUCCACUCACUAUUUCAGCAAAGAAGGUAAACUCAUUAGGCCAAUGUUAAAUUUACUCUAUGCCAAUCACAUUGAAAAAAACAGUUAACAUACAGAAUAGCAAAGGAUCUGGGCUGCAGUGAUCGAGAUUCUACAUGUCGCCAGUCUAGUGCACGAUGACAUUUUAGAUGCAUCAGAUACAAGAAGGGGAAUCCCUUCAUCUCAUACAAUAUUUGGCAAACAUAGAGCUACAUUUUCGGCUAACUAUUUAAUUGGAAGAGCGUACUUAAUAAUUAUAAAAAUAAUAGUGGUCGAAAAAUUUCUGAAUUAGAUGACAUCAGAAUGUUCCAAAUCUAUUCACAAAUUAUGGAUAACUUAACUAAUGGUGAAUAUUUAUAAGCCAUGAAAUAAAAGAGCUUUCAUAACUUUGAGAUCACUCUCCAAAAUUAUAUGAUCAAAACCUAUUACAAGACAGCAGCAUUGAUUGCUAACAGUCUAUAAGGAGUUUGCUAAUUAACCAACAUUAAAGAUGCAGUUUGCCAAAAAUCAUUCAAUAUUGGGUUGCAUUUGGGUGUUGCCUUCUAAAUCAUUGAUGAUGUCUUAGAUUAUACUUCCAACUCUGAAUAAUUAGGUAAAGCUAGUUUAAAUGAUCUAAAGAGUGGAGUUUUGACUGGACCUGUUUUAUUUGAAUUAUUCAAUUAAUAAAAAAAGCAAUCCCCAGAAUACAAACUCAUGAACUCAGUCUUAUUAGGCGAGUCUAAUUAGUAUGAUAUUGUUAAUUAAAUUGUUUUGGCUGGAGAAGGAAUUGAGUAAAGCAAAUUUUUAGCUUAUUAACACACCCAAGAGGCGUUGAAAAUAUUAUAAAGCAUCAAUUCCAACCCUGAUUAAGAUUUAAUUUCUUUGAUCUUUAUGUUCAUUGACAGAAAUAAAUGAUAAUUAUCAGAUUCAUUUAUAUGUUAUUUACAAAAUU